AUGGAUAACAGACACCAGACCGAACGAGAAUACAUUCGGUAUCACGCUGCAACUAGUGGAGAACAUCUUGUAGCUGGAAUCCAUGGACUUGCACAUGGUAUCAUCGGAGGAUUGACAAGUGUAAUAACUUCAACAGUUGAAGGUGUGAAAACUGAAGGAGGCGUCAGUGGUUUCAUAUCGGGCCUCGGGAAGGGGCUGGUUGGCACAGUAACCAAACCUGUGGCUGGAGCUCUGGAUUUCGCCUCGGAAACUGCACAGGCAGUGAGGGACACGGCAACUCUGAGUGGCCCCAGGACGCAAGCGGAGCGAGUGAGGAAGCCACGCUGCUGUAGAGGACCUCAAGGGCUCUUGCCCCGCUAUUUAGAAAGUCAAGCAGAAGGACAAGAACAGCUGUUCAAACUGACUGACAACAUCCAGGAUGAGUUCUUUAUAGCAGCGGAGAACCUAGACAGCUCUUGUGUUCUCAUUUCAUCUAAAGCUGUUUAUUUCCUAAAGAGCAGUGAUUACAUCGACCGCGAGGCCAUCUUCCUAGAAGUCAAGUAUGAUGAUCUCUACCACUGCCUUGUUUCAAAAGACCACGGGAACGUGUAUAUCCAGCUGACGAAGAAAGCUGUUAACACAAGUAGCGGUGUGGCAAUGCCAGGCCCCUCGCAACAAAAACCAAUGGUCAAAGUGAAAUCUGAAGUUCUGGCAGUAAAGCUCUCUCAAGAAAUAAACUAUGCAAAGAGUCUUUAUUACGAACAACAGCUUAUGUUAAGACUCAGUGAAAAUCAAGAACAAUUAGAGCUGGACUCUUGAAACGCCUUCCUUUACUGCCAGAGUGAACUGCAAGUAUCAGUCUGGAUCCAAUGGUAUGCUGUAACUAGAGCCAGUGCUGCUGGGAAGGCAAUAAAUACCAUUUUAGUGUUU